CGUGAGUGACGCUGGGGCGCAGCCCGGCCAAGCCGCCGCCAUGUCCAUCUUCACCCCCACCAACCAGAUCCGCCUCACCAAUGUGGCCGUGGUGCGGGCACGGCGCGCCGGAAAGCGCUUCGAGAUCGCAUGUUACCGUAACAAAGUCAUGGGCUGGCGCAGCGGAGCGGAGAAGGAUAUUGACGAGGUCCUGCAGACCCACACAGUGUUUGUUAAUGUUUCUAAAGGCCAGGUGGCAAAGAAGGAAGAUCUGGUCCGGGCGUUUGGAACAGAUGACCAAACAGAAAUCUGUAAAGUGAUUCUGUCAAAAGGGGAGUUGCAGGUAUCAGACAAAGAACGACAAACACAGCUGGAGCAGAUGUUUAGGGACAUUGCAACUAUUGUGGCUGACAAAUGUGUGAACCCUGAGACAAAGAGGCCAUACACUGUAAUCCUUAUAGAAAGAGCCAUGAAGGAUAUUCACUACUCUGUCAAACCAAACAAGAGCACGAAGCAGCAGGCACUGGAAGUGAUCAGACAGUUAAAGGAGACCAUGCAAAUUGAACGUGCUCACAUGAGGUUACGAUUUAUUCUUCCGGUAAAGGAGGGGAAAAAACUGAAAGAGAAGCUCAAGCCACUGAUUAAAGUUAUUGAGAACGAAGACUUUCAUGAUCAGUUAGAAAUUGUGUGCCUUAUUGACCCGGGCUGCUUCAGAGAGAUUGACGAGCUGAUCCGGUCUGAGACCAAAGGGAAGGGAACGCUGGAAGUGCUCAGUCUGAAAGAUGUGGAGGAAGGAGAUGAAAAGCUUGAAUAACAAAAAAAAGCCCUGAAUAACAAAAAAGCCCUUCUGGAGCACUGCAAACAACUGGCAUUAGCCACUCCUUUCUGUUGAGCCUUGUUUUGUUUCUCCAACCCCUCAGCUGCCAAAUACCUUCUGACACACACGAACCCUUUGGGUUUUUUCCAUGCAGUGGUUUGGUGUUUUUUAUUUUUUUAAUCAUUUUCCACUUGGUUUACAGGUGAUUUGCCUGUAGGAACCUUUGGUGUCAGAGUUGCACUAAUGAGAAUUAAGACUCGAUAGGGAGUUCAGCUUUGGUGAAUGUUAAGGGUUGCUGAUGGAGGUGUUUGACUGAUAGGGUGCCAAACACGUUUGCUUUGAGCUGUCAGUGCUGAGUGGAAGGCUGCACAGGGGGGUUUGGAUGUGGGGAGAGGGAAAGAGAGACACAUUUUCACUUUCAGGCAAGUGCAAAGCGUGGGUCGUGUCUGCUGAUCUCUUGGCAGCAUGAAAACUGAUGUAGACACCCAUAAUUGGCUGCUUAAUAAUUACAGUAAUUUAAAGGACCGUUCUUGUGUAUUUCCUAUCACUGGGUAUAACAGUACUUGCUAACUUAGAAAAAACGUUCUCCAAAUAAUUUAUUCAUAAAAUAUAUUUAGCUACAUUGGUGAGGAAAAAAAAGAAAUAAUAAUUAUCAUCUAUUUAUGUAUUACAGAUACAGAAAGAAAGGACUAUUUUUGUUGUAGCAUAGGAGCUGCCCCUGGCUGCAGUGCUGCGUUUGGAGGCUGAAGGCAUAGGCUGCAUUUCUGAGCUGUUGUCAUUCAUGGGAUGAAAUGAAGCGGAUCUCUCCCAGGCAGUGGCCUCUGGCUGUUGUGCCAGACAGGCUUUUGUUGGGCCCUCCUUCCCUCGUGGUAGCUGUCCUUUAUCCUGUGGCUUUCUAUGCUGCUUUCUAGCACAGCAUUUCCAGCCGGCUCUCGAGGCCCAGCGCUCUGCUUGGCUUUGUGAAGGCUUCUUUCAGCUGUGCCAAACGAGUGCUUUCAAGUUUAAAUUGGGAAUCUCAAACAAGAGGGGGAAAAGAGGACAGAAGCUGGAAAGAUACUAAAAAUACAAUAAAAAAUACCUGGUACACAGCCCUGUGUGUCUGAAGGCUGAGCCUGCAGGAGUUUCAGGGGAGCCUUUGGUAUUCAUGAGCCUGUUUUCAUGCUGAUAAUACACAGGAGUUGGGAUUUGCGAGCUGGCCGACCACUGGAUCUCUGCUUCAAAUGAAUCUGUGCUCUGUUCAUUCCUUGCUGGUAAUUUACCUUUUCUAUGACAAUUAAACGGAGCUCUGGUUUGUACUCUUCACGUGACCUUUUCCUUUGUACCACUGACAGAUGCUGUGAGUUGAUGUGGGGAGAGUUGAAGUCAACCAGAGAAAGAUUCGAAAUGUCAGAUGAGAAGGAGCCUAGAUCCUCAGUGAGGGGCUUCAUUUUUGAAAUUGCAGCCUGUGAACGUGAGCUUGUGCAAGGUUGGAUUUGAUUUCCUCAGCAGUUUUGGGAUGACUUGCCAAUGUGGAGCCUGCGUUUUGCUGAAGGGUAGUGAGAUGGAGAUUCUUGAACCAUUUGAUCAGUUUUAAAAUGCUUUCUGUUGCCCCCAGGACAACUUGCUGUCCUGCUUAAACACUGCCUAGGAAAGUUUAGAGGUGUAAUUGAUGUAUUUGUGAGGUGGACAGAGUUUAAACGUGGAGAUCUGGACCUGUGUGGAUAGGCAGGCAACUUUCCCCAUGUGUGCAAGCCCUGAACUGCCUGUCUUCUAGUGCAUUCUUUAUGAAAAGGAUGGAAAUGCUGCUAUGUAACCUGUCCCUGGCACUUGGAAUUAAGAUGUAAUCCAUAAAUCUGCAAAAGAGACGCUGAGCAAGAACCUCAUGCAGCGUCGUGUUGGUUGAUUUGAUUUCACAGUUGUGUAAUUUCUUUGGGUUUUAUGCUCUUAGAGUGCAAGAGGAUGGCUGCAGGUUAAGGACCUCGAGGUACAGAAACGUGAUCUAAGCUGAUUUAUGAGCUUGGUGCUAGGAAGUCAGUUUCCAUAUAGUCUUUUUCUACAAAUCAAAUGCUGAGGAUUUUCUCUAGUAGAGGGAGCUUGAUUUUAUUUAUAAACAUGCUCACAUUUCUUGUCAUGUUUGUAUUUCAGCAAGAAUGGAUGGUAAGCAUCAAAAUAAAUAGCAGUAUUGGCA